CUUGUCUUUUGCUCUAUUUUCGUCGUUUUCUUCCUCACUGGGGAAAAGUUUGGACGUGGUUUAUUUGCGAGGAUACAGACAUGGCAGCGGCAGAAGGCAUGCCCAAGUGGGAGAGGACAGUGCGCGUGCUUUUGUGCGUCUUCGGUUUGAUUUUGUCAGUUUACGCGCUUCACGUGGAAUUGUCCCGCGAGCACGACCCAGACUACAGAGCGAUGUGCGACUUGGGAGAGUCUGUCAGCUGCUCCAAAGUUUUUACAUCCAGAUGGGGACGUGGUUUUGGCUUGGUCCAGUUCUUUGUUGCCCAAGAUAGCCCUCUGAAUCAGCCCAACAGUGUUCUUGGAAUCCUAUUUUACACGUUGCAGUUUGUCCUGGGUCUAACCCCGUCCAAAAAGGCCGCUCUGUUCUUGGUGUUGUCCUCCUGGGUGUCGGUGGCCGGCUCGCUCUACCUCGCCUCCAUUCUGGCUUUUGUCCUGGGAGAUUUUUGCAUGGUCUGCGUGUCAACAUACAUCGUGAACUUUGCCUUGCUCUACACCAACCUCAAGCGAAGGAGCGCCAUCAAAGGGAAGAAGGAGAAGGCAGGAUAAUAAUCAUUCCAAAAAACAAGUGUCAUUCUAUACCCCCCACACACACAACCCACCCUCCCUCUCCUUCCCUCCUGGCCCGAAGCAGCAACUCCGGCACAACUUUUUUUUGUUUUACAAAAAACAGGAUUCAUCUCACUUUUUCAGUAUUCAGUUAGCUGUUUUUAACAUAAUUUGUUGCCUGUCCUCUUACGAUUAUUAUAGUGGUGAAUAAUAAAGUUGACAGAUGUUACUGUGAUUUGUGAGAAGACUCAAAACUAAUCUUAAACAAAACUAAUCUUAAGAAUCACAGCAGAUGAAAGGUAAGUAAAAUUUCGCUAAAACUUGUUUUUUUCUCUUGUGGAGUCUAACCAAGAAGCUGAUGCAAACACACACGCACGCACACACUUUUUUUCCCCUCGCUAUAUUUUGCGGCACUUUCGCAAAGGCCCCACAAGACGGCGACAAAUCCCUAAAGGUCGUUUUGGGAUGAAGGCUGUCUUAUACGCUUAUUUGUAUGCAAGUAGACUUUAGCAACUAACUUUUACGUCUAUCGGGGAGAUCAGGGCUAUUUAUGAGAGCGUUAUUUAGAAAUGGGGUUAUUAGAUUUUUUUAAAAUUGAGAAUAAAAAACAUUUCCAUGAUCAAUUCCAUCAGGAAUUGAUCCAACCCAUGGCCCUAAAAGCAAGAAAUAAGAUGAUUUUGUUGCAAUAAUGGGUGCAGAGGGGGGUUGCAAAGAUUUAUCACUUGAAUGCACCCAGAUAACUUUUUGUGUGAGUUUCUGCUGCACCCACUGACAGUGUUGUACAAAGCCUUCAUGCCUUUCAUUGUUCUGUUUAUAUUCAACGCAUGACCACAUAUGAAGUUAAUUGUCAUCC